CAGCUAAAGCAAAGAUGAAGUAUCAAUCAAGAAAUCAAAGCUGCUUAGUCAUAUUGUGCAAAUCAAAACAAUACUGGGAGCGAAUCUUAUUCGGGAAAUGGAUUCCGAACACGUCAAACAAAUUUCAGAGUGCUUCGUCCAGCCACACCAUGCUCCUCAAGAGUCAAAGCAGCCCUUCUACUUGGCACCUGCUGAUCUUGCCAUGCUCUCAGUACACUAUAUCCAGAAGGGGCUUCUCUUUCCCAAACCACCAGAAGCAAAACGGGAUCCGAAAAACUUCAUCGAUUCUCUGUUGCAAAGGCUCAAGCAGUCUCUUUCCGUUGCGCUCGUUCAUUUCUACCCGCUUGCAGGUCGCUUAGUGACCAAAAAAUCCGAGGACCCAGCCUCUUAUGUGGUCUAUGUGGAUUGCAACGACAGCCCUGGAGCCAAACUCAUAUAUGCAACUCUGGAGAUGUCAGUAUCUGACAUUCUUUCACCGACUGAUGUCCCGUUGGUGGUCCAAUCGUUUUUUGAUCAUGACAGGGCAGUCAACCAUGACGGGCACACCAUGUCUUUGCUGUCGAUUCAGGUCACGGAACUUGUGGAUGGUAUUUUCAUAGGGCUUUCCAUUAAUCACAGCCUUGUUGAUGGAACCUCCUUCUGGCAUUUCUUCAACGUUUGGUCUGAAAUCUUUCAAGUACAAGCACAAGAAGGUCAAAAUCAUUUUGUAGCCAACAUCUCGCGCCCACCUGUCCUCAAGCGCUGGUUUCCGGAUGGUCAUGGCCCAAUCAUCAACCUGCCCUUCAAACACUCUGACGAAUUCAUUGGCAGAUUUGAAGCUCCCCCACUCAGGGAGAGAAUGUUUCACUUCUCAUCAGAAUCCAUAGCCAAACUCAAAGCAAAGGCCAACGCGGAGUCUGACACCACCAAAAUCUCUUCCUUCAAGUCCUUAUCUGCCCUUCUCUGGCGUACCAUUACUCGCGCGCGUUGUCUGGCACCAGAUCAAGGAACCAGCUGCAGGUUGGCUGCGAAUAACAGAGGAAGAAUAGACCCACCGUUGUCUGGAGACUACUUUGGGAACUCAAUUCACCCCGUUAAAUCAGAAACUGUUGCAGCAGGUGAGUUGCUGGAGCAUGGGAUUGGAUGGGCAGCAUGGAAGUUGCACGAGGCAGUGGUUAACCACGAUGACAAGGUGAUACGAGGGCAAGUUGAUGCGUGGCUGAAGUCUCCCUCUGUGUACCUGGUAAGCUAUUUUGAUCCACUAAGCGUGAUGAUGGGGAGUUCACCAAGAUUCAACAUGUAUGGAAACGAAUUUGGAAUGGGAAAAGCGCUAGCGCUUCGAAGCGGAUACGCACACAAGUUCAGUGGGAAAGUUUCAGCGUAUGAAGGACGCGAAAAAGGAAGCAUAGACUUGGAGGUGUGUCUUCCACCUGAUGCAAUGAGUGCUCUUGAAUGUGACAAGGAGUUCAUGGAAGCCGCAUCCGUACCGCAGUAUUAGUUACGUACCUUGUUCAUCUGCAAAAUUUGUAUGCUGCAAAUUAAAUGUAACAGAAAAAGAAUAUUUCAUGAAUAAGUGCUUAUUUCAGAAGAUUUGAAUGAAACAAUUUUCACAAUAAAGUUUAGACAUAAUUACCUAUA